CAUCUCCUUCUUACAAUCUAAUGGUUUGAAUGUGACUGAGAUACGGCUGGGAUUUUAAUAUUAUUGAGAUAUGCAACUGUAAUUCUCAUAACCCAGCCAAUACUCCCCCACAUCGCCCCCAGCUCCUCCAUCCAGUUCAGCCUUACCCUGGGCUAUUGUCCAUGGGUAAAUGGGUCCAAUUGCGAUGUCUGUGAGAGUAUCAAUCUAACCCUACUGCAAGAGGUCACUCUCCAGUGCCAUAGAAACAUUGGUCAAAGUUCUGGCCUAUUAUAGUCCUGACAUCACCCUCUGAAAGCUUCUUUCCUUACCCCUACCAUUGGUGUGACCACACAACUGCCAAUGCGUGACACGCUGACACGAAAGGAUGCACCAAACCUGCCAGUGCGGUCCGGAUGGCUAAAACCCGACAUGGUCGAUUCCCCGAGUAUACCAACGAGUCUUUGAGCCCAAGCAGUUUGGACCAAUUUGCGCCAUCUCGACUUGCCGCUACAUCGUUGCGUGGAUAUCCUUGCACAGGACAGAUAACCACACACAUUCUCUUUGCAAGGCUACUGGCACAGGGAUUAUUAAAUGUUUACAGUGAUCUCCGUCAAAGGUUGGAGAUACAGGGUUUGUCGACAGGGCUAAAGUUCAACCAUAGGUUCUCUCUGAUGAAUGCUCCGCCAGAAAGAAGGCCCGCCACGGUCUUGGGGAGAAAGACUGAAUGGGACCUGCAUUGCAUCUCCCAGUCAGAGCAUGAAAUGUUCUUUAUGAUUUUGGAGCUGUUACGGGUUGGAAUCAUGGAAUUACCUUGCUACACGAUCCUGAAGCCCGAAACUAUAGGUCGUGAUGCGUGGGUUGACCUUAUUCAAAGCUGGAUUACAGAUCUAUGGCGCGACCGGUUUCAACUGUGGUAA